AUGGGGUUGCCAGGGAAAGCAGUCCGUUUAUUAGCAGUGCAGAGAUGGACAGAGGAAAUAUGUAUGAAGGAAAGAAUAUGGCUCUCUUUGAGGAGGAAAUGGAUAGUAAUCCCAUGGUGUCAUCUCUUCUUAAUAAACUGGCUAACUACACUAAUCUGACUCAAGGUGUGGUGGAACACGAAGCAGAUGAAGACAGCAAGCGAAAGGAAGUCAAGGUUCCACGUAUGGGCACUUUUAUUGGUGUGUACCUGCCCUGUUUGCAAAACAUCUUGGGAGUAAUUCUUUUCCUACGUUUAACAUGGAUUGUGGGAACAGCUGGAGUUCUUGAGUCUUUCAUCAUUGUGUUCAUGUGUUGUGCUUGUACUAUGCUAACUGCAAUUUCCAUGAGUGCGAUAGCAACAAAUGGUGUCGUUCCAGCUGGAGGCUCUUACUACAUGAUUUCAAGAUCUCUAGGGCCAGAGUUUGGUGGAGCAGUGGGACUCUGUUUCUACUUGGGUACAACCUUUGCAGGAGCAAUGUACAUUCUUGGUACCAUUGAAAUUUUAUUGACUUACAUUUCUCCAAGUGCUGCUAUAUUUAAAGCAGAAGAGGUUGGGGAGGAAACGGAGGCUAUGCUGAACAACAUGAGAGUUUAUGGAACGUGUAUUAUCAUUCUGAUGGCCAUAGUAGUUUUUGUGGGAGUUAAGUAUGUAAACAAACUUGCACUGGUCUUCCUUGCCUGUGUGAUUCUUUCCAUCAUUGCCAUAUAUGCUGGAGUUAUUAAGACUGCUUUUGACCCGCCUGACUUCCCAAUCUGUCUCCUUGGAAACCGUACAUUGUCAAAACGCAGCUUUGAUGUCUGUGCCAAAUUUACUGAAAGCAAUAAUGAAACACAGACUACAACUCUGUGGCAACUAUUCUGUGAUAGUCCUUUGCUUAAUGCUACAUGUGAUGACUACUUUAGUCUCAAUAACGUAACAGAAAUUCAAGGGAUUCCAGGAAUAAUGAGUGGAGUUCUAAUGGAUAAUCUCUGGAGUACCUAUUCAGAAAAAGGAUCAAUAGUUGAGAAAAAAGAUCAGCCAUCAAUUCCUGGAUCAGAAGAGACAAAAAUGAGUGGAUUGCCUUAUGUUUUUACAGACAUCAUGACCUACUUCACGAUGCUUGUCGGGAUUUAUUUCCCAUCUGUGACAGGUAUUAUGGCAGGUUCAAACAGAUCUGGAGAUCUUAAGGAUGCGCAGAAAUCUAUUCCUACUGGAACAAUUUUGGCUAUUUCAACUACGUCUUUUAUUUAUCUCUCCUGUAUAGUGCUGUUUGGUGCCUGUAUAGAAGGUGUGAUAUUAAGAGAUAAGUUUGGAGAAGCAGUUAAUGGAAAUCUAGUGGUUGGUACACUAGCCUGGCCUUCUCCAUGGGUUAUUGUGAUUGGCUCCUUCUUCUCAACAUGUGGUGCUGGUCUCCAGAGUCUCACCGGUGCCCCCCGUCUGCUGCAGGCCAUUGCAAGGGAUGGCAUUGUACCUUUUAUUCAAGUGUUUGGUCAUGGAAAAGCAAAUGGAGAACCAACUUGGGCUCUGCUCCUCACUGCUGGUAUUUGUGAAAUAGGAAUUUUGAUAGCCUCAUUGGACAGUGUAGCACCAAUUCUUUCCAUGUUUUUCCUUAUGUGCUAUAUGUUUGUAAAUCUGGCUUGUGCAGUUCAGACGCUUUUACGGACUCCCAACUGGAGACCUCGAUUCAAGUAUUACCACUGGACCCUCUCAUUCGUGGGGAUGAGUUUAUGUCUUGCCUUGAUGUUCAUUUGCUCUUGGUACUAUGCUUUGAUUGCCAUGCUAAUCGCAGGAUGCAUAUACAAAUACAUAGAAUAUAGAGGAGCGGAAAAGGAGUGGGGUGAUGGCAUCCGAGGACUGUCCCUGAACGCGGCUCGCUAUGCGUUGCUUCGUGUGGAGGACGGUCCUCCUCACACCAAGAACUGGAGACCUCAACUUCUGGUUUUGUUAAACUUGGAUAGUGAGCAGCUGGUGAAACAUCCUAGAUUGCUUUCUUUCACCUCUCAACUGAAGGCUGGUAAAGGACUGACAAUCGUGGGCUCUGUGCUUCAGGGAAUCUACUUGGAUAAAUGUACAGAAACUCAGAAAGCUGAAGAGAACGUUAAGUCCUUAAUGGGAGCAGAAAAGACUAAAGGGUUUUGCCAGAUUGUGGUGUCUCCUAAUUUCAGAGAUGGAAUCUCCUAUUUGAUUCAGUCAGCUGGUCUAGGAGGGAUGAAGCACAACACAGUCCUGAUGGCAUGGCCACAGUCAUGGAAGCAGACAGAGAAUCGUUUCUCCUGGAAAAAUUUUGUUGACACUGUACGGGAGACAACAGCAGCUCAGCAAGCACUGUUGGUGGCUAAAAACAUUGAUUUAUUUCCAACAAAUCAAGAACGUUUUACUGAAGGAAACAUAGAUGUGUGGUGGAUUGUUCAUGAUGGUGGUAUGCUGAUGUUACUGCCUUUUCUCCUUCGACAGCACAAGGUUUGGAGAAAAUGUAAAAUGCGUAUCUUCACUGUGGCUCAAAUGGAUGAUAACAGCAUUCAAAUGAAGAAGGAUCUUCAGAUGUUCUUGUAUCAUCUUAGACUGAAUGCUGAAGUGGAAGUUGUUGAAAUGCUUGAAAAUGAUAUUUCUGCGUUCACGUAUGAGAAGACGCUCAUGAUGGAACAGCGAUCUCAGAUGCUAAAACAGAUGCAGCUAUCAGAGAAUGAAAGGGAAAGAGAGAUUCAGAGUAUCACUGAUGAGUCUCGAGGCUCAGUCAGAAGGACAAGCUGCUCCAGCCCACAGUCCAUUGGCCAGGAUGGGCAAGCACUGACUAAUGAUUAUCAAGAGGAGGAGGCUCAACUGAUCCAUGACAGAAACACUGCCUCACACUCAGCUCCAAUGGUCAAAGCAACUGUGGCUGCUGCUGCGCCAGAAAAAGUGCAGAUGACCUGGACUAAAGAGAAGUUGGUAGCUGAAAAGCAUAAAAACAAAGAUUCAAAUGUGUCUGGCUUUAAAGAUAUUUUCAACAUGAAGCCAGAAUGGGGAAAUCUGAACCAGUCAAAUGUGAGAAGAAUGCACACGGCUGUGAAGCUCAAUGGAGUUGUGCUUAAUAAAUCGCAGCAUGCUCAGCUAGUUCUCCUGAAUAUGCCUGGACCUCCUAAAAACAGGAAAGGGGAUGAAAACUACAUGGAGUUUUUGGAAGUUCUGACAGAAGGUCUGGAUAGAGUUCUCCUUGUCCGAGGCAGUGGACGUGAAGUGAUCACCAUUUAUUCUUAACCAGUUUGCACGUUUUAUUC